CCCUCGCUUUCUAUCCGGCUUCCUCUCUCUCGAACCCCACAUCCCCACCACACCCACAUUCACUCAAAACUCUCAAUCAAUCACAAGAAUGAGUGGCGGCCCCGCAAAACCACAACAAGGCCCUCCGCCGCCGAAUCCGGCCGCGCUCGCGGUCGCCAGCUUUCUGCGCCAUAACAACGAUCUAAAGAUGCGACAAGGCGUGCUCAACGGCAAGCGCGCCGAUUUCUUCCGCGUCAAACGCGCCCUGCGCGCGCUGCAAUCCGAGAAAUACGUCAAGGCGCAGCGGAAGGCCGGGUCUGCGCUGCCAAAGAUCGAGACUGAGUUGCAGGCCAUGGAAGCCUUUCGUCUGCUGCCUAUGAGCCAGCUCGCUAUCCGCGUCGAGAAGCUCACGCGCAAGACCGUGGCCGCGAAGCUCGCAAAAGAUCCGAAAGCGCAGGUGCCGCCUAUUGCUGCGCUGUCAAAGACAAAAGGCGUGCCUACGCUCGCGUUUGUGCGCGAACAAGUCGUCUCGACCGACGACUCGAUCUACUACGUCUGGCUAUGGGAAAAAGUGCCGCUGACGACAUACCUCUACGCCGGUCUGAUCGCGGCCGUUAUCUUUGCGGUCGUACUGUUCCCGCUGUGGCCACCUAUUCUCAGACUUGGUGUGUGGUACCUCUCGGUCGGCGCGCUGGGUUUGCUGGGCCUGUUUUUCGCAAUGGCGAUCUUCAGACUGAUAUUAUUCGGAAUCACGUACUUCGUCGUAAGCCCCGGCUUGUGGAUUUUCCCGAAUCUGUUUGAGGACGUCGGUUUCUUUGACAGUUUUAAGCCGUUGUAUGCCUGGAACGAAGAGAAGAAGCCAAAGAAGAAGAGCAAGACCGCAGAGAAAGCUGCCCCGCGACCGACUACAGAAGCCAAGGUCUCGGCGGUGAUUGACGCUGACGACGACGAUGAAGAGGUCGAGGAGCUUGAUAUGAAAAAGCACUGAGCUACGAUCGUUUGCUGAGUGCAGGGAAAAUUGCUUGUUAUAUGUUUAGCUUGGUUUAGAAUGUAAAUAA